AUGAAGGAUCAUCAAUGGCCAAUAUACGUCCUUUUUGUCUUUCCCAUGACGGCAGUGGCGACAUUUCUGGGAUAUCUCAGCCAUGGUCAUGAGCCAGAGUAUCUCAACGACUCUAUCUCGGUCCACUCUCUUCCGGAGAGCCAGGGGCCUCCAUUCUGCCAAACAUGCCGGUCCACCAUCUUCUCAAAUGCUCUCACUGGCCCGACUCACCAUCUCACUGCCGACAGCUUGUAUAGGUCGGCAUCGACAGGUUGCCGAAUCUGUGCAGCUGUCUGGCAGCAAAGAUCCCACGUCCAGCAGGACUUUCUGGCCGUCUUGAUGUUCUGGAAACCAACCACCACAUAUGAAGCCGGUGUGAGCUCAUGGAGUAUAAGGUAUCGUCAAGAUCCCUACAAGCUUCAUGGAUGUCGGUUUCAGAUGCGACAACGUCAAGUCGCUGAUAGCUGGGUUAGACCAGGCAGCAUGUUGGAUCUACGAAAGCGCAUUGCACUUACUCAACUACCAUGUCACACUGGCUCUGGCUCAAGCUUGGCCCUGGCAGCAAAGUGGCUUCAGCAUUGCACCAUCUAUCACGAGGUGUGCUGUUUCAAUCAAGACCGGACAUUUCGGCCUUCGCGUCUUCUGUAUGUCGAAAACGAUGCUGUCUGCCUCCAUACCACCCAGCAGAUGCCCAAGAGAGUCCGUUACUUGACCCUUAGCCAUUGUUGGGGCAAGCUGCAUAUUCUAAGAUUGUUGGAGUCCAAUGAGGAUUCUUUCCACCUGGAUAAUCGUAUGCAAUCGCUGCCCAAGACCUUCCAGGAUGCGAUCCACAUUACACGGCGUCUUGGAUUCUCUUAUCUCUGGAUUGACAGCCUUUGA